GUUUUAAAAAAGCUAUAACCAAUCAUAAUACAAUAUAUGAAAAACUGUAUAUGAUUGGUUGUGUUUUUGACACUUUGACGUCUGUCUAUAUCGUAGUAUGGGUCAUAUGAUACUGUCAUUCAGCGGAACAAGAAAUUUGUAAAUUAUCAAAUAUUGUUCCUGUUAAAAGUUGUUACGUGCCUUAUAUAUGCACAAGUGAGUCAAAGUUACGUUAUUGAAUAUUGAAACAGUUCCAUAUAUCGUGCAACAAUGUCGUUUUUUCUCAGUCCACUUUCAACACCAGUAGGUCAGAAGAUAGAGCAAGCUACAGACGGUAGUUUGCCAAGUGAGAAUUGGACUCUUAACAUGGAAAUUUGUGAUAUUAUCAAUGAAACAGAGGAUGGGCCAAGAGAUGCAAUUAAAGCAAUUAAGCGUAGACUCAAUCAAUCUGCUGGAAAAAAUUAUACUAUAUUCAUGUAUACUCUCACUGUACUGGAAACAUGUGUAAAAAAUUGUGGGAAAUGUUUUCAUUCUCUUGCUUGUUCACGAGAUUUUGUACAAGAACUCGUUCAACUAAUUGGCCCAAAAAACGAGCCACCAACUGCAGUACAAGAGAAAGUUUUGAGUUUGAUUCAAACAUGGGCAGAAACUUUCCGUCAUCAGCCACAUACGCAAGGAGUUGUAAGAGUCUAUCAAGAAUUAAAAGUAAGAGGUAUACAGUUUCCAAUGACAGAUUUGGAUGCUUUGGCCCCUAUUAUUACACCAGAAAGAAGUGUACCUGAGUUGGAGCAGAGUAAUGUUAACGUUCCCACAGCUGAACAACAAUCUGUAUCUUCGACGACGCAAGUUCAACAAUCUCAAAUUCCACCAUCGCUACAAGUGACUCAGUUGAACGAACAUCAGAUGGCUAAAUUACAAAGCGAACUUGAUUUUGUACAAGAGAACAUGCGCGUUUUAUCAGAAAUGUUGGCAUACUUUACAAGUUCGGAUCAAAGUAACAAUCAACAACCAGAUGCUGCAGAUCUAGAACUCCUAACUGAAUUACAUUCAACAUGUAAAUUGAUGCAAGAACGAGUUGUUGAUUUAAUUGGAAAACUAGCACAUGAUGAAAUGACAGCAGAAUUAUUGCGCAUUAACGACGAAUUAAAUAAUUUGUUUUUACGUUAUUUACGAUAUACAAAAAAUGUAGCAGUGGCUGCUAGAACCAUUUUAGCACAAACAAUUGGUCACCCACCAAAUGGUGAUUCUAUGACAGCUUCUAAGAAACAAGAAGCAGAUUCACUUAUAGAUUUAUCUGAUGAAACUGAUGCUUUGGAGAAGAAGGUAACAGGAAUGGGUAUAUCUGAAAGUAGCGAUAAAAAUAGAACUGAACGCAAGGAAAGGAAGGAAGGUGAUAAUGAUGAAUUUGAUAUGUUUGCACAGUCGCGCAACGCAACAUAUGAAACGACAAAGAACAGUGGUAGCAAGUAUGAGGACAAUUUGGAGCAGGUGAGCGGAGGAAGCCUCAAUACCGCGAUCCUCAAUCGCAAUAGUCCUAAAUAUCCUCAUCAGAAUGCUUCUACAGUUGCUUCUACUACUGCUACUUCUCUGAACCGGGAGUCUGAAUUUAAUGAAAUGGCAGCCUGGUUAGACCACACGCCAGGAGCACAUGGCGAUCAGGAAUCAUUAACAUCGUCCGAAUUUGAACGUUUUUUGGCAGAACGAGCAGCUGCGGCUGAAGCUUUACCAACUUUGCCUACAACUACUACCACUACCGGAAGUACUACCAAUUCCGGAAAUUCAAACAUUCAGCGUCAAAUUAAUAAAGAUCAGGAUAAAUCUUUAUUUGCUCUUUAAAUACUGCUUUAACGCUUACAUUUCUUAUACAGAAGGUAAACAUUCAUUUUGAAAUGAUUCAGUCAUCGGAGAUCUCUGAUAAAUUAAUGUUUCUAACAUCUUCGGUAUUUUUGAAACAUUAAAAAAUUGAAUUCGGAAUAAAAAGAAAAUGUUACAGAAGAGGAACGCUAUCCGCUUGUAUGUACUUAAAAAUGUAAUUGACACUAUGCGACCGUAAAUUAGCAUUUCUUUAUGAUGUAAAAAUUUCAUAAUAACGAGUAACUUAUUUUACAUAUAAAAAUUAUCGUUACGUAUAAAUGUUAUACGAGUAUAUAACAUGAACAUAGAAAUACUAAUUUAUGUUAUCUGUAUGUAUGAAAUAUAACACAUUAUAUCAAAAAUAACAUUUAUGUCGCAAUGUGUUGUAUCUCAUACCUUGAAAUGUCACAUGAAAACUAAUAAUUUAUAACCAUUGCAUUUUUCCGACUUGCAAACCGAAUGCAAAAGCGGCAAAUAUUUCUUUAAAUGAUUAACUUUAAUCGAACUAUAGACGAAAGUAUUUUUCUAUGUUAAAUUGAACUGUGUCUUUAUUAUUUGAUAUUAUGUAUAAAUAUGAUAUGUAUUUACUAAUGUAGUAAUUUUUAUUUUCAUAAGAGUAUUAUUGUCAUAGAGUAAUAUAAAUUUAUUAUUGCUAGUAUUGUUACAAUCAUGUGUACUGCUAUUGCAAGUAAUUAUGUAAUACGUUCUGAAGCUAUGCUAUAGGAAUAACAUUGACACCAAGCAAUUCUUA